UGCGUGCCCGCCCUCCUCAUUUCACAUUGUUUAUGCUUAGGGCCUGAAGUUUGAAGAAACUGUCCUUUAGUCCUUAGCUGGAAUAGGACUGUUUUGUCUUGACCACCCGAGCACAACAGAAAAGCACACCUAAGGAGAACAGAAAAACUUAGUACUUAAGGCAUCAAAUUCAGUCGGUGUUUUGUAUCAAAUUGGUUCAGUUAGUGACCUGCAGUUUUUCUUGAGUCUUCUGAGUGAAGAAAGUAGCAUGUAUUUCUUUUAAAGAAAAGAGUUGUUAUUAGCCAUGAUUUAGUUGGAUAAUGACUCUAGAAUCAGAAUAUUUUGUUUCAGUAAGCAUAUUUUCCAUUGGAUUAAAAAGAUCAAUAUAUAAAGCCUACAUUAGUCUAGCACAGGGGAGGCAUAAUACUUCAUCUGUGGUCUUCAGCAUGUCAUUUGCCAUAUCUGGUGACAGCUCAUUUUUAGCACAUUUAAAGUAACGCUAUCUCGGAGGACAGUACCACCACAUCAGCUGAUUUACUGUGGUUUACUGCAGUACUGUGCUGUGUGUGAAUCCUGCAGGCCAGUUUACAGACUUCUGAAAUUAUUUUGGUGAAAAAUAGAAAAUAUUUUCUGAGUGAGAUCAUAUUUGUAGUGUUGCUGGGCUUUUUAUACUUAAAAAUAAUGUAAACUCAUCUUCUAAUUCUUUCUGAGAAGUGGAUUUGGAAGCUAUAAGAAAUUCUGUAGCUAUAGUUGUAUGCUGGUAUAGAGUGCAAUCUGCUGUUCCUGGGCAGAAACAAACUAUUUAUAUCUCACUCUUGGAGGUGCAAAUUCUUUGAGAUUUUUCACGAAAAAGUAAUACUCAGCCCCUUAGAAUAAAGUAUAAUAUCUAACUUUGCCUUCAGCGUUUCUAAAAAGGUAGGAAAACUCACUCGGAACAGAUUCAUUUAACAGUUUCUGAUAGAAAUAGAAGUGAUUUUGAGUAUUGGGUCAUAAGUACUUGGAAAAAAAGCAUGUUGAGGCAUCACAGGAGUUUCUCUGGAUUAUGAAGAUGAACUCAUUAAGUAGAGGUGAAAGAAGUUGCUUCUUUGGUGCUCAUAACUAUAAGAGAAGUAAAGAAGGAACAAAUACACACCACCACCCUCCAAAACAAUUUUUGAAUUUUUACUUUGCAUAAGUCAGUCCAAACCUUUUGCUAAUACUUAGAUUUCCUCCAUAGACUCCAUCCACUUAUCCUGACUUGUGGGUAUAACUGAAACUUAAUGUUCACAUAAUCUCAUCUGAUGGGGAUGAGUUAUUCCAAAUUUGAGUGGCUAAUUGUGCUGAUAGACAAGAUUAUUGUUACUUCUGCUGGCAGGAAUAUGGCCUUUUAUUCAGGAUCUUCUUUAAGAGCCUAUCUACCUUCUUAUGGGAGCUGAUCAAUACUUCCUGCCAUAUCCUCUAAACUGCAAGUGUUGAUCUCUCAUGUCUAGGCAUUUGUGGUUUCCCUCUGUUUUGAAGAAAUCUAGAGACCUCGGGUGAAAACUCUUAGCUGCAGCAGCCUCUUUUUUUUUGUGCCCUCUUUUUAUGUAGUAUUCCACAAAUGCUCAUGGUGUUUGUCAGACUGUCUCACUGUGCCUGUUUUUGCUGGUCUAAAACUAUGCUCCAUGUAACAUUGCUUGCCGUAUGCUUUCAUACUUUACCACCAGGAAGAGACCAUUCACACAUUCAAAAAUACAGAUAGUUGUUCUGUGAUAUAUAUUGAAGUGUUUUUGCAGCACUAUCCUUGAAGUUUUUUAUAAAAGAAAUUUGCCAUGAAAACUAUGUUUCUGUACAAGUAUAAGAACAAAAUUUGAAAUCUAUAAAUACGAUUAGGUCUCAUGGUUAGCAGUAAGAUUUUAUUGUUGGAUGACCCAAAUACUUCUGGAACAGCAUGGUACUGUACACAACUGAAAUCUGCUUGUUUCGUAGCUUGAGUCAAAGUGAAACUUGUGUUUAUGUUCAUAGGGAACUGUCAGGAGAUGAACUUGAGACCUGUAGAUAGAUAUGCUAUGGAAAAGUUGUACUUAGAAGAUGAAUAAUCUUUCCUUUAGUGAACUGUGCUGCCUGUUCUGUUGUCCACCAUGCCCAGGGAAAAUUGCCUCCAAGCUGGCAUUCUUACCUCCAGAUCCCACAUACACACUCAUGUGUGAUGAGAGUGGUAGUCGCUGGACUUUACAUCUCUCAGAGCGAGCAGACUGGCAAUAUUCUUCUAGAGAAAAAGAUGCCAUUGAGUGCUUCAUGACUAGAACAUGUAAAGGCAACAGGAUUGCCUGUAUGUUUGUGCGUUGCUCGCCUAAUGCCAAGUACACUUUGCUCUUCUCACAUGGAAAUGCUGUUGACCUGGGUCAGAUGAGCAGCUUUUAUAUAGGACUGGGUUCACGGAUUAAUUGCAACAUAUUCUCCUAUGAUUAUUCUGGAUAUGGUGCAAGUUCUGGAAAGCCGACAGAGAAGAAUCUGUAUGCUGACAUUGAUGCUGCUUGGGUGGCUCUUAGAACAAGGUAUGGGAUUCGCCCUGAAAAUGUGAUUAUAUAUGGCCAGAGUAUAGGAACGGUACCAUCUGUGGAUCUUGCUGCUAGGUAUGAAAGUGCUGCUGUAAUUCUUCAUUCUCCACUGACUUCAGGAAUGCGAGUAGCUUUUCCUGAUACGAAGAAGACGUACUGCUUUGAUGCAUUCCCAAACAUUGACAAAAUUUCUAAAAUAACGUCUCCUGUCUUAAUAAUCCAUGGAACUGAAGAUGAAGUAAUUGACUUUUCACAUGGCCUGGCGUUAUUUGAGCGUUGUCAGAGACCUGUAGAGCCACUGUGGGUAGAAGGAGCAGGCCAUAAUGAUGUGGAACUCUAUGGACAGUACCUUGAAAGAUUAAAACAGUUUGUGUCACAGGAACUGGUGAACUUGUAACUUUUGUUGUGUAUUUACAUGUUUUUUUCAUUUCACUGCAGAACUGCACACCUUGAUAACUAUGUAAGUUAAAACCUGAAUGUUGUGUUUUCAAAUCAUCUUGGUUGCCUUCAUUAAUUGUACAGGUAGUGAUUUGUCAACAUAAUUAAUGAAGGUUUUAAUGCCAGCAUUAUAAACUGGAAUUCCAUGAUCAUGCAGUCAGACUUGGCAGUUUAUAUUUCUUUGUGUGAGGUUUUUUCUUCUUAGAUGUAAAGGAAAAAAAUCACAAGGAGUACUGUAAGAAAAUUUAAUUAUGUAAAACCAAAUGCUGUAAAAGUGUUGCCAAGUGCUUUAGCAUAUCAAAAACAAGUUUAUACAUAUUUUUUAAACAUCUCAAGGUGUACUGUGACUUACUCUGUUGCACAGGUGUAAUUAAAAAACAGACUUCUAAGCAGCUGUUCUGUAAAAAUGUAAUAGCCAUGAAAUUUGAGCAAAUACUAAUGUAUGUAAUAAGAACAAACGGUCACUGAAAAUUACUCAUGCCCUGUUACAGGGAGAGGGGUGCAAAAUAGAUAUAUUUUCCCAUAUUUUUCAUUUCUUUUGUGCUUAGAUUUCCUUUAGUUAUUUUGUACUCGUGUUGUCCCUUAGCUUUCGGGUUAAUGUACCCACUCAUUUUCUCAGGAGUCUUAAUCUUGCCAAAAUAAUGCCACAAGUUAUCAUAGUUGUAAUGCAAGUAUCAUUCACAUGAUUACUACUGAGACCACUUCUUUGAAAAUAGGUGAAAUACCUCUUUGAAACCAUUAAGACUUAUAAAACCUAGAAGACUUCUUGAACCAUGCAGUUUUAAACACUGAUUUUUCUAGAGCCACAGUGUGUCAUUAAGAAGAACUUUGAAGUUUAUCCAACAUUGUAAUAAUGAGUUUGCAACUUAGCAGUUGUCUGAUCAGGCUUAUUUUGGAUGUUUAGUGUAAAAGCUUAUUGUUUCUUGAGUAUUGUAUGGAAAUUUUACUUAUCAGGCCUGAGUGGGGUGGGAGGAGUGGCAAGAAGAUAGUAUUGACAUUUUUCUAUUAACUCAUCAUGAAAUAAAUUUAAAUUGCCUUUCCCUUGAAUGCAUUGUGCGUGAAUAAAACUAUGAAAAAUAAACUUAAUUAUUUGUAGCCUAAUUGUAAACAAAAUAAUAUUCCAACAAUACGCACUGUGCUUUUAAGGCCUUACAUAGUUUAAUUGUUCUGCUUGUUUUUUGUGAUUGAGACUAUUGUAUUCUUAAAUGUAGCUUUGAGUAUUGUGAAAACUUUGGUUAAGAUGUGUUGAUAACAGUAAACAAUAUUCCACAAA